UAAGUCAAAGAUUGUAUGAAUUUCUAUCUUCUUCUCCCUAUAUACAACUAAAUGAAUUAUCUUGUUUGAACCUCACAAAAUGACAAGCUACAACUUGCAAGCAACAAGGCCUAAACUUAUAUUCAAGUAGGAGUCUGCUAAGUUUCUUACCAGCUGUGAAUGACGUGCUUUUUAUUUGCUAAUAUUUGCAGGCUCAAAAAUUGCCUUUUAAUUACUUGAUAGGAUUAGGAACUACCUCUCGAGGCAAAAAUAAAAUAAAAUGAAAAAGCAGCUUUACCUGACCACUAUAAAGUAAAGCUAUGCCCCACAUCCCACCCAUUUUAUUGAACCUUCCUUGAUCCUUAUAUUAGCAUAACAGAGACAGAGACAGAGACAGAGACAGAGACCCAGAGAGGUAUGAUGUACAUGCAAAUAAUUCUUUGUCUUUCUUGGGUUGGCUUGGGUUUAUCAAGAGGGUUAAUAUAUUUUAAUUAGUACCAUGUUCAUUUUGGUGUCUUUCUUUCUUCGUUUCUAAAUAAAAAAUGAAUGAAAUUCAUGUCAACCAAAUUUCUAUCCUCAUCAUCCAAACCGAAUCCACAUUACAGACAGCCAGAUGCCAUCAACCACUACCUCCACAUCAGCAAGUCUAUUGGCCAACUGAAACAAACCCAUUCUCUCUUACUCAAAACCUCAACAAAUUCCCUACACUAUGAUCAUCUCUUGGCUCGGUUGCUCAGACGAUUAGUGCAAUUCCCUGAUGACAAUCUCUGCUAUGCCCGAAACCUGUUCGAUCAAAUUCGCGACCGCAGAAACGAGUUCCUUUGGACCUCCCUUGUACGCUCCCAUGUUCUCCACGGACGUUUCAGACAGUCCAUCAGUUUAUAUGCUAAGAUGCACCGGGAAGGCAUUUCACCAUCUGGGUUUACCUUUUCUUCGGUGCUCAACGCCUGUGCUCGCAUACCAGCGAUCCUUGAAGGAAGACAAGUCAACGUAACAGUUGUAAAAUCAGGUUUGUUGGGAAAUAAAGUUGUGCAGACUGCGCUUCUUGAUAUGUAUGCAAAAUGCGGAUGUGUGAGAGACGCGAGAGAUGUCUUUGAUGGGAUGGUUGAUAAAGACGUGGUUGUUUGGACGGCCAUGAUUUAUGGGUAUACCAAGAUGGGUAUGAUGGAUGAUGCUAGGUGGUUGUUUGACAACAUGGGGACGAGAAAUGCAAUUUCUUGGACCACCAUGGUUGCUGGGUACGCAAAUAAGGGUGACAUGAAAGCGGCAAAAGAAUUAUAUGAAUUAAUGACAGAAAAAAACUCGGUUUUAUGUGUUGCCAUGAUCGCAGGCUAUGGGAAAUGUGGGAAUGUGGAAGAGGCCCGGAUGGUUUUUGAUGAAGUACCAGAGCAUGAUGCAUCAUGUUGGGCAGCAAUGGUGGUUUGCUAUGCCCAAAAUGGGUAUGCAAAAGAAGCCAUUGAAACUUACGAGAAAAUGAGGAAAGAAAACAUAGCAGUCAAUGAGGUGGCAAUAGUGGGAGCUCUCUCAGCUUGUAUACAACUCGGGGAUGUUGAAAUGGCAACCAAAUUAGCAAAGCAUGUGGAUGAAGGUUGCUGUGAACGAACACUUGUUGUAUCCAAUGCUCUAAUCCACAUGCAUUCAACAUGUGGUAACUUAGACCAAGCAAGAAAAGAAUUUGACAGAAUGAGUUACAGAGAUGUCAUAUCUUAUACAACAUUGAUAAUAGCUCUUGCUGAUCAUGGAAAGGCAAAGGAGGCACUGGAACUUUUCUCAAAGAUGCAUAGAGAAGAAAUAGCCCCCAACCAGGUUACAUUCAUUGGCGUCCUCAAUGCAUGUAGCCAUGCUGGAAUGAUUGAGGAAGGGUGCCGAUAUUUUGAGCUAAUGAUUCAUGUUUUCGGAAUUGAACCGCUAAAUGAGCAUUAUGCUUGCAUGGUUGACCUUCUUGGAAGGGCAGGGCUAGUUGAAAAAGCAUACAAUCUUAUAAUGGAAAAUGAGGAUGCUGCUGAUGCCAAGUUAUGGGGUUCUUUAUUGGCAGCUUGUAAGGUUCACGGUAAUGCUGAAUUGGGUGAAAUUGCAGCUAUGCAUCUUUUUAAGAUAGAGCCUGAGAAUACAGGGAAUUACGUGCUUUUAGCAAGCAUAUAUGCAGAAAUGAAUAAAUGGGAUGAUGCUAAAAGAGUGAGGAAGAUGAUGAGUGAAAGAGGUAUAAGAAAAUCCCCUGGACGUAGCUGGAUUUAGAGGCAGAGAUAAAUGAAGGUGGAUUAUUUCACUUGCUUCACCUUCAAUGGGACGAUGAGAAAAGGGCAUGCUUGUCUCUGUAAACAUCGUAUUAUUUUAUGAAAGCAAAUUAUAAAUUUAUUUUUUCAUUCUAUUUGUAUAUAAAAAUCACAUCUUGCUAUCAUUUGGAAAGUUGAGAGAGCCUCCAGACAGAAGUAGGAGGUCUUUAGGGUGUAUCAAAGUUCCUUACCAAUCUUCAGCAGAUAUAUUUUUUAUCC